AUGGGGAAAGCCAGUCGUAUUGCGUGCAUCUUCACGCCUGGCGUGCUGACAAUCGCCGCCUUGAUCUCCAUCAUUUUCGUCGGCCUCGGAUGCACUAAGGCCUCCUCGAGCACUCUGAAUGACUUAUACUUCCUCCGAGUUGACCUCCAAAAUAUUAGCAAUUCCAAUACCAAGACAGCCUCGGAGGUCGAGAAUAUCCUCAAUGAGCACGGUAUCACCAGCGUCAGUGCGAGUCAAGUCUCCGACUUGAUUAAGAAACUCCAGGACGACAGCACCCUGAAGGAUUUCUAUGACAUCGGGCUCUUGGGCUACUGCGAGGGCGACAUCACGGACAACAAGUACACCGUCACUUCGUGCUCCAAGCCGAAGGCUGAGUUCUACUUCAACCCCCUCACCAUCUGGGGCCUGAACAGCACCACCAUCAAGGACGAACUGCCCGACGACUACGACAAGAUCAUCAACAUCUACAAGAACGUCUCCAAGUGGAUGUACAUCGCCUACCUGAUCGCCUUCAUUGUCACCAUUGUCGAAAUCGUGGUCGGGUUCUUCGCCAUCUGCAGUCGCUGGGGCAGCUGCGUUACCACCAUCGUCGCCUUCGUUGGUUUCCUCUUCACCGCUGCCGCCUCCAUCACCGCUACCGUGAUCUUCAGCGUUUUCCGCGGAAGCCUUGGCAAGACACUUGACGCGUACGGUAUUUCCCUGUCUCUCGGCAAGAAUGCCUACAUCGCCACCUGGUUCGCUGUCGCGUUCUCUCUUGGUGCCCUCGUCUUCUGGACCUUCAGUGUGUGCUGCUGCUCCGGCCGCUCGCCCUACAACCACAAGAACAAGGAUCGCGGCCUGAUCGCCGAGAAAGCCCCUUACACCUACGAACCCAUUGGCGGGCAGCAGCCAUACGGUAACCAGCCCUAUGGCUACCACACCUCCUACCCUCCCCCUCCUCCAGGCGAGUCAUACCCUAUGGCGCCAGCCCACCACCAAGGAGAGGCUUACGAGCCCUUCCGCCACUCAUGA